AAAAAAACACAUAUUAUACCAAAACAAUGUGCUCACGUUUUCCAUUCUAUCUGAAAAACCUUGGUAAAAUCGAAACAGCAAACCACCUUGUAAUUCAUUUCCCACGGUUUGUUGACUCAGCAAAAAAAGCCCUAUAAAAGUGUGAUAGGCUUUUCUUCUUCAUUCAUAUUUCUCUUCCAGUUUGUUCAAUACCCUUAAGAUCCUUGAGUCAAAUUUCAAGCUUUUUUUAAUUGUUCUUUUGUGUACUUUUUCUUUCCUCUAAAUCUAUAUUUAAUCACACUCUUUGGUUUCGUUUUCGUUGAGAAGUUAUUUGAUUAGAAUGUUGAAUGAACAUGGUGCUCAAUAGUCAAUAUGGGUAUGUUUAAAACUUUUUUUCUCUCUCUAGGUAUUGUUGUUAUUCAUCAACGACCAUAUUUGUAAGUUCGGAAUUUCAAUUCCGGGUUUAGUUUUGUAAUUGUUAGUGUUUUUGUUUAGUUCAUUUGUGUGUUUUUCUUUUGGUGUAAUUCUUCAUUUGUAAAGUAGAGAAAGAAUCUUUGACUGCAUCUUUCAAAAAUGGAAAACUUGAGAAACUGGAAGAAUGAGAAUAUGAGUGUAAACAAAAUAGGGAAGACAAUAAAAAAGAAUUCAUCGCAGCAAUCAAUUGAUUUCGGAAACAAUGGCAUAACUAGCGGUAGACAUCAUUACCCGCAGCAAAAAAUUCAUCACAUUCACAAAGACGAUUUUAAGAGUUUUGUUAUGCAGGCUACUGGAAGAGAAUCAAACGGGCCUACUAGAACUCAAUCUGAGUUUACUAGGUUGCAGCAAAACAGGCCUCCUCCUUUGGCCAAUGUGAGGCCACUUAAUCGGUUUUCAAUGCAACCACCAUCUCCGCAAGUGCCUUACAUUAACGGACUGGUUGUCCCUCCUUUGCAGCCGAUUAGUGGCCCUCCGAUUUUUGAUCAUUCAUGGAAUAAUUUCGUCGAGUCUCCGAUCUCAACUUUCACGAGAGAGUUUCAAGACUUAACGAACCACUACGACGGUGGUGCGUCCAGAGGUAAUCAAUUCCAGUCAUACCCUUCUCCUCCCCAACAACCAUUGAUUAACAAUGUUAAUGUUAAUCUUCAAUUUCAACCACAGUAUUUUCCAAUUCAAACUCAAAUGGUUAACAAUGUUGAACAUUAUAACCUAUCAUCGGCUAACAACCAAACUUUUUCAAAUCCUAAUCCUUCCAUGUCUAUGAAUGUUGCUAGCAACCAAACUUUUUCUAUGAACACUGGAAAUCAAUUUCUGAAUAAUUUUCCUCUGUCACAAGCAAAUUACUCUAUGUCAUCGACUUCUGAAUACUUGUUGACUUCGCCGACACAAAAAGUGAAUGUCCAAUCUCCUCAGUCACCUUAUAUGCCUCUCUUGUCACCAAGAAUUUUCUCUUCACCUUCGUCCCCAGAUUACCCUUUCGAACCAUAUCUACAUAAUGAGAUUUUAAGUUCCGAACCUCCGUCUUCACUUUAUGCAGGCAUAUUUCCUUUCACAAGUACUCAUAGGUCAGAUGGUGAUGAAUAGCCUUCUCAUGCUUCAUUCAUGAUGUUGCUACUGUCAAAGUUCAUAGUUAACUCAUAUUGUCUUUAUUUCUUUUACUUGUUUGGUUAUUGUUAUGUAAGGAUGCUAUUUUUAAAAAUAAAUAAUGUAAUGGUUAGUUCUCAAAAUA